AUGAAGUCAGCCACGAAGUUUUGCGCUCCUCCUCCUCUCCUUCCUGAAGCUAGCUCAGCGCGGACUGAAGCUGCCGCGGCGAUCGCAGAUCCCGGCUUGUUUGCCAAGGACCUGCCCAACCGCAGCGCUCGGGGCAGGAAGUUUUCAGGCCAGGAAGAAAAAGGCGUGGCAAUGGACAAAUAUUGGGGAGGAAGGGGAAGGAGGAGAGAAAAGGAUCAAGAAAUGAAUCUUGGAAUAGUUGCCCUUUGGUCUCUUGCUCUGCUUGCCUUUGAACGCUACAUAGUGAUUUGCCACCCCCUGGGAAACAUGUGCCUCCGGGACAAACAUGCAGCUCUUGGAAUAGGCUUUGUGUGGGUUUUCUCCUUCAUAUGGACUAUCCCUACACCUACAAUGGGAUGGAGCAACUAUACUACCAGCAAGAUUGGAACUACCUGUGAGCCCAACUGGUAUUCCAGAGACUAUAAUGAUCAUACUUUCAUUAUGACAUUCUUCACCACCUGUUUCCUACUGCCACUGAUGGUGAUUUUGGUAUCCUAUGGGAAAUUAAUACAGUAACUUAGAAAAGUUUCAGAUACUCAGGGAAGAUUAGGUUCUUUACAGAAGCCUGAAAGACAAGUUACUAGAAUGGUUGUUAUUAUGAUCUUUGCAUUUUUAAUCUGCUGGUCUCCAUAUGCUGCCUUUUCAGUCUUGGUCACAGCAUGUCCUUCUAUUGAGUCGGAUCCUUGUCUUGCCGGAAUCCCAGCUUUCUUUUCAAAAAUAGCUACAGUUUAUAAUCCAAUUAUCCAUGUCUUCAUGAACAAUCAGCUACUGUACUUUUCUUCUUGA